AUGGGCAUGAACGGUGGUCCUGUUUAUGCACGUGCAUGUGCUGAAGCAUUGCCACGAUUAUUUACAAUGAUAGGGGCACCGAAUUGUCGUGCACCUGAAAAUAAUACUGCAACUGAAAAUGCUGUUAGUGCUGUUACUAAAAUAUUAAAAUAUAAUAAUUCGUGUCUCGAUAAUCUUGAUAAAGAAAAUCUUAUGUUCGAAUUUUUCUUUUCUGUAAGAUAUAAUCUGGUGAUUAUUGGCCAAGAUAAUGCUAAUGUACCAAAUGUAAUUAAAUUAUUUGCUGAUACAUUUGCUAAAUCAUCCAUUGAAGUUGAUUCAGUUGUUGGUCAACGUAUGAUACCUAUUUUACGACAUGUUCAAACAAUAGCAACUAUUUUUCAAACAUGUAUGAAUGUAUUAACUAAUGAAGAACGUCAAGCACUAGCAAAUGCAUUAAAUGCAAAAACAUCGCCACAGAAUUAUCAAACUGGAUCUUCAAAUCAUAUAAUGAAUCAUCAUGCUAGUGUUUAA